GCACCUUGCAGUCUCUCACGUGAGAAGGCCCAAUACAGGUAGGGUGUUUGGGGUUUAAAAGUAAAGAGUCCCUAAGAGUCCACCCUUUCAAUUCCUGGUUUCAAGGACAUUAUAUCUGGUCAGACGAGGGAGGUGUCGCCAGGCCAAGAUCAAGAUGAAGCCGCUAUUACAGACGUUGCUCUUCACGCUGUUGCUGUCAGUGCUAGUUGACCCCCAGGCCCCCGACUUCCAGCUCCCAACCCCCAGGGUGAGGCAGGCGUUGGCGCUCGCCAACUACCUGAUGAGGAGGCCCGUGGGUGCCAGGAGUGUCAGGAGGGACUGCCGCCUCAUCCCCCAGUCAGAUCUUGACACCAUAUUUAAUGCCAUCAGACGCGCCAAGAGAGACACACGUCUCCGCCCCAACGUCCACGACUGCUUCGCCUUCCUUCACUCCCACCCUCAAGUCAACGCCGGCGCACACGGUGGGCCUGGAUUCUUGCCCUGGCACCGAGUCUUCGUGUUCCUGUACGAGAAGAUGCUACGAAUGUACGAGCCGACUGCCAGCAUGUGUUUCUGGGACAGCACCCUUGAACCCGACAACUCCGCGGAAUCAUCAACUUGGACAGAAGGUCUCUUCGGUAACGGUAACGGCCCGGUCACCACCGGCCCGGGUGCAGGAUGGACGACACCUGUUGGACGCCUGACCCGAAACGCAGGUCAGCGAGGAAGGCCAAUGAACAUGGCCGACAUCGAGAACAUCCUGUCGCAAGGAACCCUGGGAGAAGUCUCAUUCCCUAACGGCCAUGUCUCAUCCAACGUAGAAGAAGUCCACAACCACGUCCAUGUCCACGUUGGCGGCCACAUGGGUCAGAUUGAGACGGCUGCAUACGACCCCGUCUUCUGGUUUCACCAUACUUUCGUUGACUGUAUCUACGAGUGGUUCAGAGACGAACAGAAGAGCCGGGGUACCGUCAACAUUCAACGGGACUGGCCAAGAGACUGGGGCGAGAACUCCCAUGGUCCCUUCAGGCCAAUGAGAUUGGGAUCCCUGAGAAACAUCGACGGCCAGAACGACUUCUUUAGCACAAGAGUACUUGAGUGUCACCGUGUUCCUCGUUGCAGGACGAACGCUGACUGUGGACGUCACAUGACCUGCGAGCGUCGAUCUAGUAGAUGCACGAGCACAACGCGGGUAACUCAGAGCAACAACUUUUUCAAUGGCCUGAUGGGAAUGCUAGGUAAUAUUGGCAACGUCGGAAACUUGGGUAACCUUGGAAACGCGUUCGGCGGAAAUAUAGGAGGAUUUAACCAGAACAACGGCGCAGGUGCAAUGAAUGGAUUCAAUACCUUCAGAAACCCAAAUCAGUUUGGGGGUCCGCAACAGGGGAAUUUUGGGGGUCCGCAACAGGGGAAUUUUGGGGGUCCACAACAGGGGAAUUUCGGUGGCCCACUUGGCGGUCAGCGUAACUUUGGCGGACCACCCGGAGGUCCUCAAUUCGGUCUCCAAGGCAACGCUCAGUUCGGACCCCAAGGCAAUCAGUUCGGACGCCCUCAAGGCGGUAAUGGUUUCGGCGGAAUGGGCCCUGGGGGUCCCAUGCCUGGGGGUCCCAUGCCCGGGGGUCAGGGAGGAAACUUCGGUCGAGGUGGAGGUGGUGGAUUCGGCUUUGGUCAAUUUGGGAAAUAAUCUAUUGCUUCGUGGUCUCAUCUCUGUCAUAUUCGGCCUACUUUUAUUAUUACGACAGUUAAAAUUGACAAUACUAACCUUGAAAACAAUAAGCUGUGCGCAAAGAGUCAUUUUCGUGUUAUUUCGUAGUAAAUGUGUGAAUGUACAGUACCUUGGAAAUAAAUGCUCUCUGUUUUGA